AUGGACUUUAGAGUCGACUCAAAAGUCACCUCGGAGGGGCGAGACAGAUGGACUUUUGAGUCGACUCAAAAGUCACCUCGGAGGGGCGAGACAGAUGGACUUUUGAGUCGACUCAAAAGUCACCUCGGAGGGGCGAGACUGUCCAUGUGUGUAACUGUCAGCACUUUGCUGGCUCAUUUUGCAGGUUCCCCCUACAAGCUCAUAGCAGUGGCGUGGGAAGAUGAGCCUUGCUGUGGUGGUCUUGGCCACUGGGCAUGGAAACAGGGCGAGUGGAACGGGGUGGAGGGUAGGGAGGGAGAGAUGAAGGGGGACCCUAGGGCCGCAGCUCCCACAGGCACUCCUCUAGCCACAGCGUCGUCAGCAGCACCAGUCUCAGACGCAGUGGCCGCAUCAGCCCUUGCCGCCGGCUCUCUUCUCUCCCCCUCUUGCAUCCCCCCUCCCUGCCUCAUUCCCUCCGUCCACUCCCUCCUCCUCUCCUCCCUCCUUCCCACUCCCAUUCUCAUCUAUAUUUAUUUCGUGCCAUACUCUUCUAAUCUCUUCUCUCCAUGCCACCUUUCAGAUACGUGCGUCAUCAAGAGCUGUGGUGCCAAUGCUGCUUGUGUGAAGGACGCUCAAGGCGUUGCAUCCUGUGCUUGCAACACGGGCUUCCAAAUGGUGAAAGGCCUCUGCGUUGACACAUGUGUGCUCAAGAAGUGUGGCGUCAACGGCAGGUGCAUCAAGGACAUUGGUGGAGUGGCGUCUUGCGUUUGCAACGUUGGCUUUGCUCUGCAGCCCGACGGUUCCACAUGCAUUGACAAGUGUGUGAUCCAAAGCUGUGGUGUGAACAGCCGGUGCAUCAAGGACGAAACUACUGGAGCGGCGUCCUGUGUCUGUGACACUGGCUUUGUGCUGCAGGCGGAUGGCACGACGUGCACUGAUGCCUGUGUGGUCAAGAACUGUGGUGCCAACGGCCAAUGCUUUCAUGCCUGUGUGGUCAAGAACUGUGGUGCCAACGGCCAAUGCUUUCGUGGUAGUAACGGGGCUUUCUGUGACUGUAACACUGGCUACGUGCUGCAGCCGGAUGGCAGAACGUGCACUGAUGCCUAUGGUGAACGGCAUUUGCACUGCCUCUAUUCACUGUCCCUCCUUCCUUUCCUCCCUCCUUCCUUCUCCCCCUCCUUCCUUUUCUCCCUCCUUCCUUUCCUCCCUCCUUCGUUCUCUCCCUCCUUCCUUCCCUCCGACUUCCCUCCCUCCUUUCUCCCUCCUUUCCCUACUUCCUUCCCUCCCUUCUUCCCCUCCUCCUUCCCACCAUCCUUCCCUCCCUCCUCUCCUUCCUCCUUCCCUCCUUCCUUCCCUCCCUCCUUCCCUCCCUCCUUUCCCCCCUCCUUUUCUUUCUCCAUUGCUCCCUCCAUUGCUACCUCUGUUGCUACCUCUGUUGCUACCUCUGUUGCUACCUCUAUUGCUACCUCCGUUGCUCCCUCCUUUUCUCGCUCCGUUGCUCCUUCCUUUGCUCCCUCCUUUGCUCCCUCCUUUGCUCCCUCCUUUGCUUCCUCCUUUGCUCCCUCUUUGCUCCCUCCUUUGCUCCCUCCUUUGCUUCCUCCUUUGCUCCCUCUUUGCUCCCUCCUUUGCUCCCUCCCUUGCUCCCUCCCUCGUGCGCUCCCUCCCACGCUCCCUCCCUCUUUCCCUCCCUCUCUCCCUCCUUCGCUCCCUCCCUCUUUCCCUCCCUCUCUCCCUCCUUCGCGCCCUCCCUCGCUCCCUCCCUCUCUCUCUCCCUCCCUUGGCCCCUUCAUCCCAUCCUCAUCUGUUUCUAUAUCAUGCCAUACUCUUCUAAUCGCUUCUCUCCAUGCCUCUUUUCAGAUACGUGCAUCAUCAAGAACUGUGGUGCCAAUACUAAUUGUUUUCUCCUUGAACGUCGCUGCUUAUUCCUUCCUCGCUUGGCCUCUUUUCCUUCAACCCUUCCCACACUCCUUUGAGUGCACGUCUCUACUCACCCUCCUCUUCAUUUCACUCUCCUUGUUCACGUCCCUCCUACACCAUCCUCGCCCAUUUCCUCCACUCCUCACUCCCCUCCCCCAUCGCCCCCCCUGCCCAGACAACUGCGCGAGCAAGACCUGUAGUGGCUUCACCUACUGCAGCAAGGAUGCCACUACUGGAGCGGCGUCUUUCUCUGUAAUUCUAUGCACUAUUCUGUGUGCUGCUGUGAUUCCUCCUAAAUUUAUGUCUCCUCUCCUCUCGUUUCUGCGUUUCCCCUCCACCCCUCUGCUCUACCCCCUUUUCUCCCUCUCCCCUCCAUCCUUCUGCCCACUUUUCUGCAUCUCCCUCUUUUCCUCCUCCCCUCCACCCCUCCUCCCUCUUUUUGUCCUCUCCCCUCUUUUCGCCCUCUUCCCUCUCUUCUGCCUCUCCCCUCUCUUCUGCCUCGCCCCUCUUUUCUGCCUCCCCCCCCCACGCAGCUCUCUGUGA